UCCCUGGAAUUUUAUGAUGAUAUGAUUUAGAUGAAUAGUUCAACAGCAAAUCACAGGAGAACAACAGGUCCCAGACACAGGAAGCUGCACAUGACAAGAGUUCCAGGAUGAUUCUUCUGUUUCUGCUGGGCACAGUCUCUCUGUUCAGCUGGAACUGGGGUGCACAAGGCUCUCUCAAAGAUUCUGCAAGAAUGUGCUAUAAAUGUAAACAUUAUCAUCUUGGGUACUGCUACGGAGUCAUGGAUUUCUGCAUCCUGAAUUAUAAACAAUCUUGUGCUACAGAGAACAUUUAUAUACUCACAAACAAAGGGCAAAGUCUGUAUUAUUAUUCAAAACUGUCAUGUAUGACCAACUGUGAGGACAUCAACUUCCUGGAUUAUAACAAAAAGACAGAACUCAUCUGUUGUACACAUAGUAACUACUGCAACCUCCCUGUGGGACUCUAGUUCUACAUCUCGCUGGCCCGGGGAUCCUUCUUUAACUAAAUACCCCCUCUACCUCCUCCCUGAAGCCUGUAUU